GCAAGUCACACGUGAUCAUGUGACGGCAGCAAGUCACGUGAUCCAGAUACAGGGUAGCCGUAUAUAAGGCGACCCAGUGAACUGAUCGUCCCCCUUGUUUGAAGCCACAGACAGAAUCAAGAUGAUGUUCCGUGUGACAGUUGUCGUCGCCUUGCUUGCCCUUGCCUCCUGUAACCUGGACCGGGAGUGGGAGAUGUUCAAGGCCAGACACAACAAGCAGUACAAGGACAGCCGGGAGGAGGCCUACAGGAAGGGCGUGUUCAUGAAGGCAGUGGACUUCAUCCAGCAGCACAACUUGGAGGCCGACCGCGGCGUCCACACUUUCAGAGUCGGCAUCAACGAGUACGCCGACAUGCCAAAUGAUGAGUUCGUCAGUGUGAUGAACGGCUACAAGAUGCAGGAACAGCGCCCCAAGGCCCCCACCUACAUGCCCCCCUCCAACGUGGGCGACCUCCCCGACACCGUCGACUGGAGAACCAAGGGAUACGUCACUGGAGUCAAGAACCAGGAACAGUGCGGCUCCUGCUGGGCUUUCUCGUCCACUGGCUCCCUGGAAGGUCAACACUUCAAGAAGUACAACAAACUGGUCUCCCUGUCUGAACAGAACCUGGUCGACUGCUCCACCAAGCAGGGCAACAUGGGCUGGGCUGGAGGAGGUUUGAUGGACCAGGCCUUCACUUACAUAAAGGUCAACGACGGUAUUGACACCGAGACCAGCUACCCAUACGAGGCUGCGAACGGCAAAUGCCGUUUCAACAAAGCCAACGUUGGAGCUAACGACACCGGCUACGUUGACAUCAAGUCCAAGUCUGAGUCCGACCUCCAGAAUGCUGUUGCCACUGUCGGCCCCAUCGCCGUCGCCAUCGACGCCAGCCACAUGACCUUCCAGCUGUACAAGUCCGGCGUCUACCACUACAUCUUCUGCAGCCAGACCAGACUCGACCACGGCGUGCUCGCCGCCGGUUACGGCACCGAUAGCGGCAAGGACUACUGGCUUGUCAAGAACAGUUGGGGCGAGACCUGGGGACUGAAAGGCUACAUCAUGAUGUCCAGGAACAGGGACAAUAACUGCGGUAUCGCCACCCAGGCCAGUUACCCCACUGUGUAAGGUGACGUCAUAAUCGUGACGUCAUAGUGGGUGAUUCUAGUCAUGAUCUCGUUUAAUCAGUUUACUGAAUAAAAUAAGUUAAAAAGUGAAA